AUGGCCACUGCCUCAGCAACCUUCUCUACGGCCCCCAGCCAAGCGGACCCGUACAAAUACCAAGUCGGCUUCGGCAAUAACUUUGCCAGUGAAGCUAUUCCAGGUACCCUCCCGCAUGCUCAGAACCACCCGCAGAAAUGCAAAUAUGAGCUGUACAAUGAAGGCAUAACCGGCAAUCCCUUCGUUGGCACUCGACCAAACAUUCUCAAUGCAUUUCUCUACCGCAUUCGCCCAUCUGUUGCACACCAAGGGUUCACCCCGCUGUCUUCCAACCCUGAUCUCGAAUCCACCUUCCUCCCAAUCAAUCCCCGCGUGCACCUAAGCCCUACCCAGCUCGCAUGGCGCCCGCUCGACAUCCCUCCCAACUCCACCGAGGUGGAUUUCAUCGACGGUAUAAAGACCAUGGCGGGAAACGGUGACCCUACAUUGCACGAAGGCCUCGCUGUCCAUAUCUAUGUUGCAAACGCAUCCAUGCAGAAAAGGGCAUUCUGUAAUAAUGAUGGUGACAUGCUGAUGAUGCCCCAACAAGGGCGGUUGGAUAUACAAACCGAGUUUGGAAAGCUGAUGGUGAGGCCCGGCGAGCUUGUGGUUAUUCAACGGGGAAUUAAGUUCAAGGUGUUACUACCUGAUGGGCCCUCACGCGGAUACAUUGAGGAAAUUUAUGGUUCUCACUACGAGCUCCCCGACCUGGGUCCAGUUGGAGGCCACGGUCUGGCCAAUCCUCGCGACUUCGAAUUCCCAGUAGCAAGUUUCGAUCUCGACCAGUCCCCGUGGAAAAUCACUUACAAGGUCGGCGGUAAACUGUUUUCUUGCUCCCAGCAGCACACCCCAUUCGAUGUUGUCACGUGGCAUGGAAAUUACGUGCCAUAUAAAUACAACAUGGAGAAAUUCAUCUUCGUCGGGAGUAUUUCCAAAGAUCACAUCGACCCCUCCAUAUUCAUCAUACUCACCGCCAAGUCCAAGUGCCCCGGAGUUCCGCUUACAGAUGUGCUGCUCUUCUAUGAACGGUGGGACGUCGCUUCAGACACCUUCCGGCCACCAUUCUACCACCGUAACAAUGCUUCGGAGGUCAUGGGUCUGAUUUAUGGUAGUUAUGAAGGACGGAGCGAUCAGUUCAUGCCAGGAAGUUUGAGCCACGAGACGGUGUUUUGUCCGCAUGGAGUAUCUUACGAGACACAAAAGGCAGCAAGCGAAGACGAACUCAAGCCGGUCAAAAUUCAUGAAGGGACUAUGGCUGUCAUGUUCGAAACCGCAAUGACGCUGACACUCACGGAUUAUGCCAUGAACCGGUCUGGUAAAAUUCAUGAGCACGACGUUAAGAUGUGGGAUGGGCUGCAGGCGAGGUUCAUGAACCAUCUUGACGAAAUCAAUACGGAUCUGAAAGCCGCGGGAUUGCCAGAACUGCAGAAGUGA